UUGUGGAGUGUGGUGAAGGCAGACACCACGUGCAUUCUCUUCUCCUUCUUCUUCUUCUUCUUCUUCUACUCCUUGUAGUUUUGUUUUCAUCUCCUUCCUCCGAAUCUGCUAAAUUAUUAAAAGUCUCGGCAUUAAGUCUCUGACCCCACCUUCUUCUAACUCUAACCUACCCUCUUCUUGUUCUAUUCCCUCCCGCUCUUUAAACCCUCUCUCUCUUUCUCUUUCUCUCUGGUGCCUUGCUUCCCAGGAUUUUCCCUCUGAAACGCUCCUUUUUCUACGUUUUGAGAUGAAUAUUUGAGUGCCCAUUAUCGGUUUCGGGUCGAAUUCCAAUCAGGAGCUGUCAAAAUUCCAGCUUUUCUACCCGAGUAUGUCUGAAGCCCAAAGGAUGGUAAGAAUGGCUGGCACUGGGGGCGUGAAUGGGUAUCCAAGUGCAGUAGUUCCCGGUAGAAAUCAUGCCGCAAUGUCUGAAGUAGACGAGUUCUGUCGUGCCCUUGGAGGGAAAAAGCCAAUCCAUAGUAUUUUGAUUGCGAACAACGGAAUGGCGGCUGUGAAAUUUAUACGUAGUGUUAGGACAUGGGCUUACGAGACGUUUGGCACAGAGAAAGCCAUAUUGUUGGUUGCUAUGGCUACCCCUGAAGACAUGAGGAUUAAUGCAGAACAUAUUAGAAUCGCCGAUCAGUUUGUGGAAGUACCUGGAGGAACGAAUAAUAACAACUAUGCCAAUGUUCAACUCAUUGUCGAGAUGGCCGAAGUAACACGUGUAGAUGCAGUAUGGCCUGGUUGGGGUCAUGCUUCUGAAAACCCUGAGUUACCUGAUGCUCUGAAUGCAAACGGAGUUAUAUUUCUCGUUAUAUUUCUCGGCCCCCCAGCCGUUUCAAUGGCAGCACUGGGCGAUAAAAUUGGUUCAUCAUUGAUCGCCCAGGCUGCUAACGUACCCACUCUACCUUGGAGCGGUUCCCAUGUUAAAAUUCCUCCGGAAAGUUGUUUGGUAACCAUCUCUGAAGAGAUCUACAGGCAAGCUUGUGUUCACACGACCGAGGAAGCAAUUGCUAGUUGUCAAGUUGUUGGUUACCCAGCAAUGAUCAAAGCAUCUUGGGGCGGUGGUGGUAAAGGCAUCAGGAAGGUUCAUAACGACGAUGAAGUAAGGGCUCUAUUCAAGCAAGUUCAGGGUGAGGUUCCUGGCUCACCAAUAUUCAUAAUGAAGGUUGCUUCGCAGAGUCGACAUUUAGAGGUCCAACUGCUGUGUGACCAAUAUGGAAAUGUGGCAGCUCUGCAUAGCCGUGACUGUAGUGUCCAGAGAAGACAUCAGAAGAUUAUAGAGGAGGGUCCAAUAACUGUGGCUCCACCAGACACAGUCAAGAAACUUGAACAGGCAGCUAGAAGGUUGGCUAAAAGUGUUAAUUACGUCGGAGCAGCUACUGUUGAGUAUCUGUACAGUAUGGAAACCGGGGAGUACUAUUUUCUAGAGCUCAACCCUCGUUUACAGGUGGAGCACCCUGUGACUGAGUGGAUUGCCGAAAUAAACCUUCCUGCAGCUCAAGUUGCAGUAGGGAUGGGAAUUCCUCUCUAUCAAAUCCCUGAGAUAAGGCGGUUCUAUGGUAUGGAUCAUGGUGGAGGUUACGAUUCGUGGAGGAAUACAUCUGCUCUUGCCUCCGCUUUUGAUUUUGACAAGGCUGAGUCUACAAGACCAAAAGGUCAUUGUGUGGCUGUACGUGUGACAAGCGAGGAUCCUGAUGACGGUUUUAAACCUACUAGCGGCAAAGUACAGGAAUUGAGCUUCAAGAGCAAACCAAAUGUGUGGGCAUAUUUCUCUGUGAAGUCUGGAGGAGGCAUCCACGAGUUCUCAGAUUCUCAGUUCGGACAUGUAUUUGCAUUUGGGGAAUCCAGGGCACUGGCUAUAGCCAAUAUGGUUCUUGGCUUGAAAGAAAUACAAAUUCGUGGAGAAAUUAGGACCAACGUGGACUACACCAUCGACCUUUUACAUGCUUCCGACUACCGGGAGAACAAAAUACACACUGGUUGGUUGGACAGUAGAAUUGCUAUGCGGGUCAGAGCAGAAAGGCCUCCAUGGUAUCUCUCCGUUGUUGGCGGGGCUCUCUAUAAAGCAUCAGCAAGCAGUGCUGCUGUUGUCUCAGAUUAUGUCGGUUAUCUAGAAAAGGGGCAAAUCCCUCCAAAGCAUAUAUCUCUUGUGCAUUCUCAAGUGUCUCUCAAUAUUGAAGGAAGCAAGUACACUAUUGAUGUGGUUCGGGCUGGACCAGGAAGCUACAGGCUAAGAAUGAACAACUCUGAAGUUGUAGCAGAAAUACACACUCUACGUGAUGGAGGUCUGCUGAUGCAGUUGGAUGGCAACAGCCAUGUGAUAUAUGCAGAGGAAGAAGCGGCGGGAACCCGUCUUCUUAUUGAUGGAAGAACAUGUUUGCUACAGAAUGAUCAUGAUCCCUCGAAAUUGAUGGCCGAGACACCAUGCAAGCUGCUGAGAUAUCUGGUUUCAGAUAACAGCCAUAUUGAUGCUGAUACACCCUAUGCGGAAGUUGAGGUCAUGAAGAUGUGCAUGCCACUUCUUUCACCUGCUUCAGGAGUUAUCCAUUUCAAAAUGUCAGAAGGGCAAGCCAUGCAGGCUGGUGAGCUGAUAGCCAAGCUCGAUCUUGAUGACCCUUCAGCUGUAAGAAAGGCCGAGCCUUUCCAUGGAAGCUUUCCAAGAUUGGGGCCUCCAACUGCAAUAGCUGGUAAAGUUCAUCAGAGAUGUGCUGCAAGUUUAAAUGCAGCUCGCAUGAUUCUUGCCGGUUAUGAGCAUAAUGUCGAUGAGGUGGUUCAAGACCUGCUUAACUGCCUAGAUAGCCCUGAACUCCCGUUCCUUCAGUGGCAAGAGUGUUUUGCAGUUCUAGCUACACGUUUACCUAAAGAUCUCAGAAAUGCGUUGGAGCUGAAAUAUAGGGAGUUUGAGGGUAUCUCAAUAAAUUCCCAGAACGUGGAUUUCCCUGCCAAAUUACUAAGGGCCGUUCUCGAGGCUCAUCUAUCAUCCUGCGGUGAAAAAGAGAGAGGAGCCCUUGAAAGGCUCGUUGAACCACUGAUGAGUCUUGUGAAGUCUUACGAAGGCGGGAGGGAAAGUCAUGCCCGUUUUAUAGUGCAAUCUCUUUUCCAAGAAUAUCUCUCCGUAGAAGAAUUAUUCAAUGACAACAUUCAGGCUGAUGUUAUAGAACGUCUUCGUCAGCAAUACAAGAAAGAUCUGUUGAAGAUUGUCGAUAUUGUUCUCUCACACCAGGGCAUCAAAAACAAGAACAAACUCGUUCUCCGGCUGAUGGAGCAGCUUGUUUACCCUAAUCCUGCUGCAUAUAGAGAUCAGCUUAUCAGAUUCUCAGCACUUAAUCAUACUAACUAUUCCGAGUUGGCGCUCAAGGCGAGUCAGUUGCUGGAACAAACCAAACUGAGUGAACUUCGUUCAAACAUUGCCAGAAGCCUUUCCGAGUUAGAAAUGUUUACGGAGGAUGGUGAGAAUAUGGAUACUCCCAAGAGGAAGAGUGCCAUUAAUGAAAGAAUGGAAGAUCUUGUCAGCGCUCCAUUAGCCGUUGAAGAUGCCCUCGUCGGACUGUUUGACCACAGCGAUCACACACUUCAGAGACGGGUGGUCGAGACUUAUAUCCGCAGAUUAUAUCAGCCAUACCUCGUUAAAGAUAGUGUGAGGAUGCAGUGGCAUCGGUCUGGUCUUAUUGCUUCUUGGGAGUUCCUGGAGGAGCAUAUGGAGAGGAAGAACAGCAGUACAGAACAUCAGGAGGCAUUUGAUAAAGGGUUGGUUGAGAAACACAGCAAGAGAAAAUGGGGAGCUAUGGUUAUAAUCAAAUCCCUGCAAUUUCUUACGAGUAUAAUAAGUGCAGCAUUGAGAGAAACAAACCACGAUGCCCAUGAAUCUCCCAGAGCAGUUGUCUUUGGUAAUAUGAUGCAUAUUGCUCUGGUGGGCAUCAAUAAUCAGAUGUCUUUGCUUCAGGAUAGUGGGGAUGAGGAUCAAGCUCAGGAGAGAAUAAACAAGUUGGCUAAAAUACUUAAAGAGGAAGAAGUCAGCUCGAGCCUUUGUUCUGCAGGGGUCGGUGUGAUUAGCUGUAUAAUUCAGAGAGAUGAAGGGCGAGCACCGAUGAGACAUUCAUUUCAUUGGUCAUCGGAGAAACAAAAUUACUAUGAGGAGCCAUUGUUGCGUCAUCUCGAACCUCCUUUGUCCAUCUACCUCGAGCUGGAUAAGCUUAAAGGGUACGAGAAUAUACAGUAUACGCCUUCGCGGGACCGUCAAUGGCAUUUGUAUACCGUCACUGACAAGCCAGUGCCGAUCAAGAGGAUGUUCCUCAGAUCGCUUGUUAGACAGUCCACGAUGAACGAAGGGUUUACGAUGCAGCAAGGGCUAGAUAACCAACUCAGCCAAACACUUUUCUCGAUGCCCUUUACCUCGAAAUGCAUCUUCAGGUCUUUAAUGGCUGCCAUGGAAGAACUGGAACUGAUUUCACACAAUGCUACAGUGAAACCGGAUCAUGCACAUAUGUUCCUUUGCAUUUUACGUGAGCAGCAGAUUGAUGACCUUGUGCCUUACCCGAGAAGAGUUGAAGUGAUGGCUGAACAUGAAGAAACUACAGUUGAGGUGAUCUUAGAAGAAGCAGCCCGAGAAAUUCACGGGUCGGUCGGCCCGAGAAUGCACAGGUUAGGUGUCUGUGAAUGGGAAGUGCGGCUUUGGUUGGAAUCUUCGGGGCUAGCAAAUGGUGCUUGGAGGGUAUUGGUAACGAAUGUGACCGGACAUACAUGCACUGUACAUAUAUACCGGGAACUAGAAGCCACUGGCAAGAACAGUUUGAUUUACCAUUCGAUAUCGAAGAAAGGUCCUCUCCACGGGACACGGAUCAAUGCUCAUUAUCAGCCUCUCGGAUAUUUGGACAGGCAACGUCUAGCGGCAAGGAGAAGUAACACGACUUAUUGCUAUGAUUUCCCUCUUGCCUUCGAGACAGCCUUGGAUCAGGUGUGGGCAUCACAACACCCGGGAGUGAGUAAACCCUGCAGGAAUGUUCUGAUGAACGUCACAGAGCUGGUGUUCUCGAAUUCUGAAGGUUCUUCGUGUACGCCUCUUGUUACGGUUGAACGGUCACUGGGUCUUAACGACAUUGGAAUGGUGGCUUGGUUCAUGGAGAUGUCGACUCCCGAGUUUCCUUUGGGCCGAAAAAUUCUCGUAGUCGCCAAUGAUGUGACGUUCAGAGCUGGUUCCUUUGGCCCGAAGGAGGAUGCGUUCUUCCUCGCUGUUACUGAACUCGCAUGCGAGAAGAAGCUUCCCCUGAUUUACUUGGCAGCAAAUUCCGGCGCCCGGCUGGGUGUAGCCGAGGAAGUCAAGGCCUGUUUCAAAGUCGGAUGGUCGGAUGAAUCGUCUCCCGAGAAUGGGUUUCAUUAUUUGUACCUAAGCCUCGAUGACUACACGAGAAUUGGAUCAUCGGUCAUUGCACAUGAAAUGAAGCUUCCUAGCGGAGAAAUCAGAUGGGUGAUUGACACAAUUGUCGGUAAAGAAGAUGGUAUAGGAGUCGAGAACUUGACUGGAAGUGGAGCAAUUGCGGGUGCGUACUCGAGGGCUUACAACGAAACGUUCACUUUGACAUUUGUCAGUGGAAGAACAGUCGGAAUCGGUGCGUACCUCGCUCGCCUGGGCAUGCGGUGCAUACAGAGACUAGACCAGCCGAUAAUCUUGACAGGAUUUUCUACGCUGAACAAACUGCUUGGCCGGGAGGUCUAUAGCUCUCACAUGCAACUCGGCGGGCCGAAAAUCAUGGCGACGAAUGGCGUCGUUCAUCUUACGGUAUCUGAUGAUCUCGAAGGCAUAUCAGCGAUUCUCAAAUGGCUGAGCUAUGUUCCUGCUUACAUGGGCGGUCCGCUUCCCAUUUUAGCUCCAUCGGAUCCGCCGGAGAGAUCUGUCGAGUAUGUUCCGGAGAAUUCUUGCGACCCACGAGCUGCCAUAGCCGGCAUUACUGACAGUUCCGGUAAAUGGCUUGGCGGAAUCUUCGAUAAAGAUAGCUUUGUCGAGACUCUCGAAAGCUGGGCUAGAACUGUUGUGACCGGUAGAGCAAAGCUCGGGGGAAUUCCUGUCGGAGUGGUGGCUGUCGAGACGCAAACCGUGAUGCAGAUCAUCCCGGCCGAUCCGGGACAGCUCGACUCACACGAAAGAGUGGUCCCUCAAGCCGGGCAGGUCUGGUUUCCAGAUUCAGCGACCAAGACGGCUCAAGCCCUCAUGGAUUUCAACCGGGAGGAGCUGCCAUUGUUUAUCCUCGCAAACUGGAGAGGGUUUUCGGGUGGGCAGAGGGAUCUUUUCGAGGGAAUUCUCCAGGCAGGUUCGACGAUAGUCGAAAAUCUCAGAACAUAUCGGCAGCCAGUAUUCGUAUACAUCCCCAUGAUGGGUGAGCUACGAGGUGGAGCUUGGGUGGUGAUCGAUAGCCGGAUAAACUCGGAUUAUGUCGAAAUGUAUGCCGAUGGAACUGCUAGAGGCAACGUACUCGAGCCGGAGGGAACGAUAGAGAUAAAAUUCCGAACGAAAGAGUUGUUAGAAUGCAUGGGAAGGCUUGAUGGGAAACUCAUCGAUCUGAAAGCGAAUCUGCAAGAAUCGAAGCGAACUGGAGCUUACGGAGACAUCGAGCUUCUGCAACAGCAGAUCAAGGCAAGAGAAAAACAGCUUUUACCGGUUUACAUCCAAAUCGCCACGAAAUUCGCGGAGCUUCAUGACACGUCGAUGAGAAUGGCAGCGAAAGGAGUGAUGAGAAGUGUCGUGAACUUGAGCAACUCACGGGUUUUCUUCUACAAGAAGCUCAACCGGAGAAUUUCAGAGAGCUCUCUGGUCAGAUCCAUAAGAGAAGCUGCCGGAGAGAAUUUACCGUAUAAAACCGCAAUGGGUUUGAUCCAGAAAUGGUUUUCUGAAUCCGAAAUCGCGAAGGGGAAGGAAGAAAACGCGUGGACAGACGAUGAAGCGUUCUUUACAUGGAAGAACGAUGUCGGGAACUACGAAACGAAAGUGAAGGAGCUGAGAUUGCAGAAACUGCUGAAUCAACUGUCGGAGAUUGGAGAUUCGCCUUCGGAUCUGCAAGCUCUGCCUCUCGGAAUUGCUAGUCUGCUAAACAAGGUGGAGCCAUCAAGGAGAGAACAGUUGGUGGAUGCACUUCGGAAGGUGUUGGGCUGAUACCGGAGGGGUUGCUUCAGUUCCAAGCAACUUGGUUGCUUGUGUCCAUUAGAUAACUUUUAGGGCUCACUUUUGAUUUGACAGUGAAGCUCCUCUUUGUAUACCUCGUAGCCUCAUUUAUUUUUUGUCGACAUUAGUGCUAACCUAUGAAAUAAUUUGGAUAAAUAAUAGAAAAUAUUGAGGCGUAAAUUACAAACGAAUUUCAUCUUCGGUUA